CCUCAGCCCGCGCCGUCAAAGACAAUAACCCGAACAAAGACAGUAAAGAACAAUUUGGGCAAUGCAGGCAAUAAGAUGCGCGGUCUUUUUGGAAAAAAGCAACAUAAAGACACGGACAAUGGGCAUAAAGUGGCGGGUCCACGCGAAGAGCCUCGCUCAUUUUCUUCAGCAAACAGCCAACGCGACCUGUCGCCCGAAGCCCAAGAGCUUUUGCGCGAAUUAGAGCAAGUGAAUCAAGCCAUUGCCCGGAUGCAAAAGGAAGUUAUGGCCGAAGCUGAAAAGAAGCAAGGCUUACAGUUCCAGCUUGAAGAAACCAAACGUCAGGUUCAGACACAAGAGCAAGAAUAUGCUCAGAUCGAACAUCGAUUCUUUGAUCACACACGCGCUAUUCGAGCCACGGACGACGAUCUUUCCACUAUCCGCGAUACGUUCAAGCUGUUGAAAUACUCGAUCGCGCGCAUUAUCAUGACCCUCAACAAGAAGGCCGACAAGCAGACGGCAACAGACAAGUUCGCACACAAAUGGCCUCAUCUCGGUGUCACCGAGCUUGAGCCGUCGCAUAUCAACUUGUUGGCAGAAAAGCUGGUCCACGAGCACUUGGUACAGCAUAUCUUCCGAUGUCCGUUGUAUCCUGGUCUGGAAAUCAACGAUGCCUAUGAGUCGGUAACGCAGUGGCUCACUGCCCACGGCUCCGAGUUCCCGGUGCGUCUUCGACAGCAACUGGCUGCCAUUGUGGCCAAGAGUGGAAAGGACACAGAAUUGUAUCAGGCGGGCCAGGUUGAAAGAAAAAAGGUUAUUGAUUUGAUCUACAACGAUCUGGCCGACGUUUACGAACCCUUCUUGCGCGAAAACGACGCCAGUGUGGAUGAGGAGAAGCGCUAUUAUGCCAAGGUGACCGAUAUUGUAGACAAGGCAAUGAAGUUGGCUAUUGCUAUGCGUGGACAGGAGGUUGAUAUUUCGACGCUGGAUACCAAGGAAGGCGAAGAAGAGUUUGAUGAAGAAACCAUGGUGGAUGUCAAGGGCAAGACUUCCGGAAUUGUCCGAUUCUGCAUUUGCCCUGCGUUUGUGGGAGGUGACGGAGAACAUGGCUUCCUCGAAAAAGGCAAGGUCGUCAUUGCCUAG